CAUACUACAUAUAUCUUCUUUGAGGACUCAAUCUUCCAUAACUUAGUUCAUUUUAUCAUUCUCUGUGGUAUAAUAUCUUCUUUUGUUCUUUCACCAACAUGGCUGCACAAAAUGAUGUAUGCAGUGGCUGCGCGCUGCUGUUUUGGGAGCUACUGAUGGUCUGGUUUCAGUUGCAUCUCUAAUGAUGGGUAUUGGAGCGGUUAAACAGGAUGUGAGAGCCAUGAUUCUUACAGGGUUUGCUGGCUUAGUAGCGGGUGCGUGUAGCAUGGGCAUUGGUGAGUUUGUUUCAGUCUACUCCCAAAGAGACGUGGAAGUGGCUCAGAUGAAGAGAGAUAACAGAACUGAGAUGGAAGCCCUGCCGAACCCCAUUCAAGCGGCUCUAGCAUCAGCGGUUGCAUUUAUGUUGGGGGCCAUGAUGCCCUUACUUUCUGCUGCUUUCGUAGUGGACCAUAAGGUUAGGCUUGGUGUGGUGGUAGCCACAAUGAGCUUGGCUCUUGUGGUUUUUGGGUGGGUCGGAGCUUUUUUAGGGAGGACUCCGGUGGUGAAGUCUUGUUUCAGGAUUGUGGUUGGAGGGUGGAUGGCUAUGGCCAUUACUUUUGGACUGACAAAAUGGAUAGGCUCUACUGGACUGUAG